AUGAGCUGCCUUGGGGACGAGUCCUCUCAGGGGGGAGCUCCUCGGGGACGAGCUCUCAUGGGGAUGAGUGCUUCUCGGGGGGAGCCUCCGGGGGAGCUGCUUUGGGGGAGGAGCUCUGGGACGGGCUCAGGAGGCUGCUUGGGGGACGAGCCUCUCAGGGGAGGAGCUGCCUUGGGGGACGGAGCCUCUCUAGGGAGGGAGCUGCUUCGGGGGACGAGCCUCGGGGACGAGCCCUCAGGGGAGGGAGCUGCUCGGGGACGAGCCUCUCAGGGGAGGAGCUGCCUCGGGGGACGAGCCUCUCAGGGGAGGAGCUGCGUUGGGGACGAGCCUCUCAGGGGAGGAGCUGCCUUGGGGGCGGCCUUCAGGGGGCCUCUCAGGGGAGGAGCUGCUCGGGGGACGCCUCCAGGGGGAGGCCUCGGGGACGAGCCUCUCAGGGCCUCUCAGGGGCUGCUGGGGGACGAGCCUCUCAGGGGAGGAGCUGCCUCGGGGGACGAGCCUCUCAGGGGAGGAGCUGCCUCGGGGGACAACCCUCGAGGGAGCUCUCAGGGGCAGCCUCGGGGGAGAGCUCUCUCGGGGGAGGACCUUCAGGGGAGGAGCUGCCUCGGGGAGACAGGAGGCCUCUCAGGGGAGGAGCUGCCUCGCGGGAACGAGCCUCUCAGGCAUGACUGCCUGGGACAACCCUGA